UCAUUAGGAUGUACGCAUGCGCACUGAAACGGGCUGCCUUUAAAUACCCGGAGACCUCCAUUCAGAUCAGCUGCACUUGUGCGGAAGAGUAGAGGAGCUGUGACAUUCCAGUCCGGGUUUUCACCUGUUUUUAACUAAAACCGUGAAGAUGUCCUCCAAGGAUAAGCUCAUCAGCCACGUGAUGAAGGAGGAGCCUGUUGGCUGCAGGAACAAGGUGACGGUGGUCGGUGUGGGCAUGGUGGGCAUGGCCUCUGCCAUCAGUAUACUGCUCAAGGACCUGUGCGAUGAGCUGGCCCUGGUUGAUGUGAUGGAGGACAAGCUGAAGGGUGAAGCCAUGGACCUGCAGCAUGGAGCCCUCUUUCUCAAGACGCACAAGAUUGUGGCCGACAAAGAUUACAGUGUGACCGCCAACUCCAAGGUGGUGGUGGUGACUGCUGGUGCUCGCCAGCAGGAGGGCGAGAGCCGUCUAAACCUGGUGCAGCGCAACGUUAACAUCUUUAAGUUCAUUAUCCCCAACAUCGUCAAAUACAGCCCCAACUGCAUCCUGUUGGUGGUUUCUAAUCCAGUUGACAUCCUGACCUAUGUGGCGUGGAAGCUGAGCGGUUUCCCUCGUCACCGCGUCAUCGGCUCUGGCACCAACCUGGAUAGCGCUCGUUUCCGCCACCUGAUGGGAGAGAAGUUCAGCCUGCACCCUUCAAGUUGCCAUGGCUGGAUCAUCGGAGAGCACGGAGACUCCAGCGUGGCUGUGUGGAGUGGUGUGAAUGUUGCUGGAGUUUGUCUUCAGAACCUCAACCCAAAGAUGGGGGCCGACGAUGACGGUGAGAACUGGAAGGAUGUGCACAAGCAGGUGGUUGAUGGGGCCUACGAAGUCAUCAAGCUGAAGGGCUACACCUCCUGGGCCAUCGGUAUGUCUGUGGCUGACCUCGUUGAAAGCAUCCUGAAGAACCUACACAAAGUUCACCCUGUGUCCACGCUUGUCCAGGGCAUGCACGGCGUGAAGGACGAGGUCUUCCUGAGCAUCCCCUGCGUUCUGGGCAACAGCGGCCUGACGGAUGUCAUUCACAUGACACUGAAACCCGAAGAGGAGAAGCAGCUGGUGAAGAGCGCUGAGACACUGUGGGGCGUACAGAAGGAGCUCACCCUGUGAAGAGCUCAACUUUGACCCCACCCUCCCCUCGUACAGUCCCGUCUGUGUCAGUGGGUGAAUGAGACUUACGGAUAUUAUAGAGAAGCCAAAUGCUCGUAGCUAAACCGAUCAAAGCUAGAUAUGAACACGUGGAGAUCUUUCCCUGCCUGUCUUGGUCCAUCUUAGUCUUUUGGGUCAGCCUGUUUUAAGAGUGUGCACAUCUAUGUAUUCUCUCUGAUGAAUGUUCUCAAACAUUAGAUCUGUGCGUUGUCUGUUAAAGGUCUUGCUGCUUGUUCUGUACACCCUUUGUGUCAUCUGUAUUAAUGAUGUGGAUUUUACCAGGUUUUUAUUAUUUCCCACCUGGUCAUCUCUGUUCAAACGAAGCAGAGCAGAGACAUUCCAUUCUCUACAAGGAUUAAUAAAGUCACAACACUGCCACGUGUGUGCGGACGACCGAGUGACAGUUCGGUGACACCAAAGUAUCUUCUCCCGCCGGUAAAGCGAUGUUGCGUCAACUGCUUCAAACUGAAGCAUUCUUAAGCAAACCUAACCACAAGUGCACUAAUAUAUAUGAGAGUAAAUCAAAGUGGGCUGCCAUUACCAGAAAGCUGAUUUAGCAUAUUUAGCUAGCAUCUUUACCAAGGAUCAGGUUACAGGUCAACAGUGCUGAGGUGGUUAUUUGUGCAACAUGUUUAAAUGUUUUUAUUUAACUCCAGAGAUAAAUGAUAGCAUCAUGUAAGAAUGAUAAUGCAGUAAAAACAUAUAUAUUUUACAACAUAUGGAUUUGCUGGAUCACUUUAAGAGAAACUAUAUUUGUCAUGGCAGCUGGGUGUUUUCAUUUGCCGUAACCUCGAAUAAAUCUGCCAGAGAAAUAA